GCACAAUUUCGGCCUUUACAUGUCUGGAAAAAAUGUAAGGACCAUACGCGUCGGAUCACGUCGAAGCCAAUUGGCACUGGUGCAAACUCACUUGGCUAUUGAUAUGCUACGGGCCAAGAACAACUUAUUGGAAUUUGAGGUUGUCAAAAUUGCCACCGUAGGCGAUAAAAUCUUAGAUGUUGCGCUUUCAAAAAUUGGAGAUAAAAGUCUUUUCACAAAGGAACUGGAGAGAGCUCUUGAAGACAACGAAGUGGACUUUGUGGUGCACUCUCUCAAGGAUGUGCCUACAUCUAUGCCUGAGGGACUUGUGUUAGGCUGCGUGUUUGACCGAACUUCCCCAGAGGACGUCGUGCUAAUGUCUCCCAAAAAUCGUGGUCGGAAGCUCCGUGAUCUCCCCGAGGGAUCCGUUGUUGGUACAAGCGCCCUUCGUCGCAGUGCAACCUUAAAACGUUUGUAUCCCCACCUCAACUUCAUUUCCAUCCGAGGGAACCUCAAUACCCGUCUGAACAAGCUGGAUCUGGAGAGCGAAACGAAGACAAAGGAGGAUGAUAGCGCUGUACACACUGUCAGAUAUGAUGCGAUUGUGCUAGCGAAAGCUGGGAUUGAGCGGCUGGGCUGGGCAGAUCGUAUUGAUGAGGUCCUGGAUAACUGCUUCCAUGCCGUGAGUCAAGGAGCCUUGGCUUGUGAAUGCCGCAAGAAUGAUACAUUCAUCCUUUCCGUGCUCGCCGAUCUCCAUAACGAGUCAGCGUGUCUCAGUGCGAUAGCAGAACGGAGUCUUAUGCAACACUUGGACGGAGGAUGCUCAACACCCAUUGGUGUCCGGCACCAACUUAUCCCUUCUGUUGGCCAUCCACACCACCUAGUACUAGAAGCUAACGUUCUCAGUGUGGACGGCGCUCAGUAUGUUGAGGCGUCCGUAUCCGCCGAAUUUCCGCAUCUUAUACCAAGAGGUUCAAAACGACCAUUAUCCGUGUGUGAAAAUGAUGUCGAAGAGAUACACUCCUUAUUGCCCAAACAACCACGGAUUUCAGGUUCAGAUCCCAGAGCAGGACAUCCUCCAACUUCCGAAAUCACCCAUUUGAAUUUGAGUUGCAGUGAGGAAGAACUGCAGUCGGCCGACGACCCCUCUGCUGUCUUUAUGGGUGUUCAUGUUAGCCCUAUCUGUUCGGUUGCCCGGCUUCGAAUGGCACGUUCAAAACGAGUUGGUAGAAUCUUAGCAGAGAAGUUACUCGCCUCCGGAGCUUCACGUAUUCUCGAGGAGAUUCGAUCUCAAACACUGACUGCAAGCAAGACAAAUGUGGCUACUUCUUCCGUCACGAAAUAAUAUUCAUGCCGUUGUUUUUCUUCGCAUAAGUGGGAGGAAAACAUACUCAAAAAUUGAAGUUGACCCGAAUUUAUUUUCUCACUCCCCUUGUAGAUUUUGAAGCAGCUAGUCUUUUUUAUUGCUUUUGAGACCUUUUUUCAUAGUCUAUAGUGCUAUGUGAUAAUAUACAUAUUUUGGAUGAUGUUUUGUUUCUGUUUGAUGUGACUGGAAAUUGUUCCGUCUCGUCUAAUUUUUGCUUUUCUUUUUUCCCAUUAGUAUUCUGGGAAUAUGCACUUGGGCCAUAUGGAU